UUGUUACAAAUAUUGGCUAUAAAAAUAUACGAUUAAUAUAAUAAAAAUGCGUGUUAUUUUAUACUGUGUCGUUUGCUUGUGCGUUUUACUCGUGAUAUUUCUCGAGACACAUGCAGAUUUCGACAUGAACGAUCUGUAUGAGCUGUACAAACAGUCACUACAGCUUUCGGAGUCUGCUGAGCCGAAGGAUGACAUGCGUUCGAAGAAUACUACUAACUUGGAUUAUGAUUUGAAUCAUACUUUCUUCCAUUCCCUUGAUGGUUAUCAAGUUAACGCGACGCCGGCAAACGAGGACAAGUACCGGUGGGUAGCCAAGGUGAUCCACUCGAAGACUGAGCCCGGCCCAUAUGCGUGCACCGCGGUCUGUGUCGAGAAGAGAAUCUUUAUGACCGCCGCCAGGUGUAUAUACAGUUUAAAAGUAGACUUCACAUCAGUGCUCUACAGAAAUCAAAGGUUCCCAACGCAAGCCUUCAUCCUGCCUUCAAAUCAGAGCAAGCAACUCUUCGACGAUAUAGGGUUGAUAGUCGUCGGAAAAAUCGAUGCUAAGGUCAAAUGGAAUAUAGCAAAGUUAUUUAAAAAAGCAAAUAGGACUGGCGACAAUUUUCAGUGGUUUGCUGACUUGGGCAUCUCGGCAAAUAAAGCUGUGUAUAAGGUUGUUGGAUAUACCACGGAGAAGGGUUUGCACAGAAUAAAAGCGGCCGACAGGAAGUUCACGCUGUCCGAGAUGCCAGUUAUUAUUGACAUCAACAUGUGUUCCUAUAUUUACACAUACAAAUACAUCAUAAGAGGUUUCUUUGUUCCUUGCUACUACUCCUGUACUCGCAAAGAAUUCGACAAGAACAACGAAAAAUGCAAUAAUUAUCAUGGUGUAGAAGGCAGCGCAAUAGUACACAUGAAAACCGGGGAGAUACUCGGUGUUGCUACAUGGGGAGCUUAUUCCACACGCGAACUACCAGUAGGAUUCUCUGUAGCCAACUCAAAUAAAUUCUAUAAAGACUUAUCAUGUGCUAUAAAUAUUAGAAAUGAUGACGCAUUAUUAAUGGUCAGAGGCUUCUAUCAGUCAUUAUGCGAACACGCUUUCAAAUAA